AUGGCUGACUCUUCGAAGACAACGUUGUCGCGGGUGAGCCCGGAGCGGGUGGUGCAUCACCACCGCGGCAGGUGCGCGGCACUGGAGGGGGAGACCCAUGCGCCGUAUGAGGUGGAGGGAGAACCCACGCAAGUGGAUAGCAAUCACCACCACUACCUCCACUACGGUAACGCUGCCCACAUAGGCGUCAACUGGCACUCCUCUGAUGCCGUUCACGGCGGCUACUCGGAGCCGAGCGCCGCUGGGGAGCCUACCACAGAGCCGCGAGAGACUCGAGCGGUGAACGCGGCACCCGCCCCCACAAGAAGUAGCAGCAGCAGCUCCCCCAACUCAGCCUCGACUGCAGCCCGGCCUCGCCUUUCAUCGUCGCAUCUGUCCCCCCGCACCGCGGGCGAAGGCCCGUCAGUGUCCUUGACGCAUAACCCCCCUGUCGUGCAUGCAGAUCCGGUAGCGCGGCCAGCUGCGGCAGUGGCGUCCACGGGCGCAGAUGGCUGUGAUCAUCCAGCUGUGUGUGCGUCAGCUGAGGGCCGACUCAACCAUGUGCACCCCACCGUAGAGGCAGGUGCGUCAUCUUCGUCUGCGUCUCCCCACUCGACUGGGCCGCCGGCACCGACGUCUGCACCUCCCAAAGACGCGAGCACCACCACCGCUGCCAAGAGCCACCCUCUGGCAUCCGCAACGACGCACGGCAGAACGAGUUUUAGUAACGGCAGGCUGCCAUCUCAUCCCGAGCCAGCCGCGUCCACAGUAGCCGGCACCACGCAGCCACCGUCGCACCCACAGCUGCCCCUAUCCCACUCCACCAAGUCUAGCGCCGCGGUGGCGGCAGCGACUGCAUCUUCCUCGGGUGCUGUCGCGAAGGGGGGUGAUACCAACGGCCCGGGUGCGAGUACCUCUGACGGAGCCGAUCCCUACGCCCGCCCAGCCAUCGCCCUCAGCGUACACCUGCUGGACCUGUACAAGAUGGUGAACGCGCGGUACUGCGAGCAGCGGCGCCUCGAGUCGCCGGGACCGAAGUACAACAGCGGCUACGAUGACAAAGAUGGUCACUAUUUGUUCCUGCCAGGGGAGGUGAUCUUCCAGCGGUACAUUGCGCAGGAGGUGUUGGGCAAGGGCAGUUUCGGCACCGUCAUCCGCGGCUUUGACCAGAAGCGGUCCGAGGCAGUGGCGAUGAAGAUCACGCGUCGCGGAUCGAGCUUUCGGAGCCAGGCGAAGCUGGAGCUUGACAUCUUGUUGCGCCUUAACGAGAACCCAGCACUAAACCACCUCGUGGUGCGACUGCUAAAGGUGUUUGAGUGGCAGGGCCACCUUGUACUGGUGUUUGAACUGCUGAGCUUCAACCUGUACCAGCUCAUCAAGUGCACCCGGUUCAACGGCGUGAGUCUGGACUUGGUGCGCAAGUUUGCCUACCAGCUGACGCACACGCUGCUGCAGCUUGAGUUGCAGAAGCCGCACCCGAUAAUCCACUGCGACCUGAAGCCGGAGAACAUACUGCUGCGCAAUCAAAACAGAAGCGGGAUCCGCCUGAUUGACUUCGGCUCCGCCUGCUACACCGCCAAGCGUUUCCACCGCUACAUACAAAGCCGCUUCUACCGCAGCCCAGAGGUGAUACUGUUUCUCGAUUACGGCACACCGAUCGAUCGCUGGUCGCUGGCGUGCGUGCUGGUGGAGAUGCACACUGGCGUCCCUCUGUUUGACGGCCGCACGGAGGCGGCACAGCUGGCAAAGAUCGAAGCCACCCUCGGGCCGAUGCCGGCGGCAAUGGUGGCAGGGUCGCCCAAGGCAAAUCGGUUCUACUACGGCAACGCCACGUCUGGGUUCCAGCUGAAGGAGCCCAUUCCAGAGCGGCGCACGCUCGAGAGCGUCAUCGGCGUCACCGCCGGCGGGCCGCGCGGCCGGCGGCUCAACACUCCCGGCCACGACGAGAAGGCAUACCGCGAGUUCCACGACUUCAUCUCGCGCUUUUUACGAUAUCAACCGGAGGAGCGGAUGAGCUGCCGUGACGCGCUGCAGCAUCCUUUCCUGAGACCCCUGUACACAUCAGACCUUCAGGUACAGAAGGACCGUGAAGUUGCUCAGCCGAUGUCGGCCCCGCAGUCCCCACAGAAACAGCAACACACUCAAUGCUCUCAGAACAGCAAGCCAAAGCCGCAGCCGCAGCAGAGCAUUACUGCUACAGCGACAAGGACGCUCACCUCCUCAGAGCGCAGCCGCGCAUCUGCUCUUCCUCCAGCCGAAUAG